UAUGCUGAAUGAUCAUGGCAAACUUGCAGUCCAGCCUCGAUACAACUGUACUAUACAGCAACACGGAUGAGGAGAAUGGGCGUUUAAAAUGGUGGAAAGGUGCAACUUUGAAUCCUGUGACUCCCUGCAUAGGCCAUCGGCGCUUGCAACUGUUUUUUAUCAUAAGUGUUACCAUAAUAUUAUUUCUGAUUCUUGUGGUCAUGGUGCCAAUUAAAUUUAACCAACAGGAUGAGAUGUUGAAAGAGCUGGAGACAAAAGCAGACAAUAUGGCCUUGACUUUGAACUCACUGCCAUACAAAUUACAACAAAAAGCUCCUCAUAGUCAGGAACCUGCACUUAAAGAGUUGACAGAGAUGAAAAGUUCCCUGACUAAUCUGCGAGCCUCUAUAACCUCACUCUCAUCUGAACAACAUAAGACAGCUGACCAGCAGAACAGAAUAUUGACUGAGUUGGAUCUUUCCGUCACCGAUCUAAGUCAAUCCCUCAAAGCCGCUUCUUUAAACACGCAGCCAUCUAAUGUUCACAACACAGAAAAAGAGGACAGCAAGAUAGCGCAAAUGAAUCUGGAUAUUGUUGAUGUAUCCCAUUCUGUAAAUGCCCUCUCAACUGAUUUUCAUGAAACAGUAAAGCUUCAGGAAUCCACACUGAAUGAGCUGAAGGCUAAAGCAGACAACAUCAGCUCUUUCUUAUACUCCAUCCCUUCAAAACUUCAGGAAACAUCAGGAGAGGAAAAAAUAACGGCUUUGAACAACUUGACCACUCAGAUACUGAGCAGCAUCAGACAAAUGAUUAACGAUGAUCCUAAAUCAAAAUGCCCGGAGGACUGGGAUUUCUUCUUAGCCAACUGCUACUUGUUUUCCCAGAAAAAGCUGUCAUGGCAUGAUGCCAGAGAUUCUUGUAAAUCACAAGGAGCCUCUCUGCUUACUGUGACAAAACGCAACGAAUGGCCCUAUGUGACCAAAAAUACCAUGUCUAGGAAUUACUGGAUUGGCCUCACUGAUGAAAUAACAGGCACAUGGAGAUGGGUAGAUGAAACACCUUAUGUUAUGGACAAAAGGCAAUGGAGGGAGAACCAGCCUGAUAACUGGACUGACCAUGCUUUUGGGGGACCAGAGGACUGUGCACAUCUGUCAUGGAAUGGAAAGCUGAAUGAUGCCCACUGUGCUCAGAUGUUUACUUACAUCUGUAAAAAAGCUGCCCCAAUUUCUUGACCACCAUGUACUGUAUUUUCUGGACUAUAAGUCGCACCGGAGUAUAAGUCGCACCAGUCAUGUGUCAAAAUGUGUCAUUAA